UUGCUUCCGAACGCUCGCGGUUGCCGGAGCGACACCACGCCCGGGCGGAAGUAGCCGACGCUCGGCGCGCGCCAUUUUCAAACGGCUUGCUGUGCUCUUCCGCUAUCUUGCUAGGCUUUGGAGGGCGGAUGACGCGGGGUGAAAUAGGAGGGCCGUGGCCCAGUAGGUCUGCUCCCGUUUGUGAUCCCUACUUUUAAUAAACUUUAUGUAAAGACAACCUCUACAAUGGCUGCAGAGCGAAAAUUCAUUAAUCUAAGGAAGCGAUUGGAUCAGCUGGGCUAUCGACAGCCUCUGGGAGUGGAGAGUUUACCUUUGGUGGAAAAGUUGUUUAGUGAUCUUGUUCAUACUACUGAGAGUCUCCGGAGUGCAAAGCUAUCUUCUGGAAAAAUAGAAAAAGAAUUCAGCAACUUUGAUGCUAUUCUGGAACCUUAUCGAGAAGAAAAUGCUAGGCUCACCCGUGAAAAUAACGAAAUACACCUGGAGAUUCUGAAACUGAAAGAGCAGUCAGAGCAUCAGACUAAAGAACUGAAGCUUGCAUUGAGGAAGGUGGAACAUGAGACUGCAGACAUGAAGUUUCUGAACAACCAAUAUAUACAUAAAAUUCGAGCACUGGAGAAAGAGAACAAAGCUAAAACUGAAAAAAUCCAGCAGCUCCAAGAGAAAAAUUUGCAAGCAGUGGUGCAGACUCCAGGUGGCAGGAAAAGGAGUAUUCCAUUCAGGCGUCAGCGUAUGCAGAUAGAUCAGCCAGUCCCACCCUCAGGAGUUGAUGCCUAUCCAGUUCCUCAGCCAGAUGACCCGUACAUUGCAGAUCUCCUUCAAGUGGCUGAUAACAGAAUUCAUGAGCUGCAGCUGGAAGUGGCAGACUAUCAGGAAAGGUUAGAGGUAACUGAACGUGGAAUGAAAAAUUACAGCAAACAGGUUGAGUUACGAGAUGCUGAAAUCGAGCGUUUAGCAUUAGCUCUGGAUGGUGGUCGCUCUCAUGAUGUUAUAUCUCUGGAGGCCAGAAACAGAAGUAAUGAAAAAAUUAUUGCUCAUUUAAAUUUGCAGGUUGAAUUUUUGCAGCAAACAAACAAAGAGCUUGAAAUGCGCAUUCAAGACCUUUUGGACAGUAGGACCAAUGUGACAAACGAGGUGGCUCAUUUAAGUAAUAAAAAUGAAGAACUGUGCCAAGAAUUGAGCGAAAUAGAUCAUUUGGCCCAACAGUUGGAAAGACAUAAAGAAAUUGUGCUGGAGACAGCAGAUAAAGAAAUCGGAGAAGCAAAGGAAGAAAUUAAAAAGAAGGACAAUGAAAUCCAGGAUUGUGAAGAAACUAUAGCCAGACUUAAAUCAGAGUUAUUUUCAUCUCGUAGAGAAAAAGACAGACUAGCAGAGGAACUCUUUAGAAAAACAGAUGAAAAGCAAACUCUUGAGAUUGUGCUGAAUCAGGCUCAACAAGAGAACCACAGGCUAGCCAAAAAAGUGGAAAACUUUGAAAUUAUAGAACGGGAACUUGUUAUUGAAAUAGAGCGAAUGAGACUAGAAGGCGGCAUCUCGCUUGGAGACAAGUCACCGUCUCGUCUGGAUGCGUUCGUAAAGACUAUAGAAGAGGAUAGGGACUACUAUAAGCGAGAACUGGAAUGUCUUCAGAAGAUGUGUAAACGAAGAUUGAGCCCACUGAAAAAGUCUCCAGAAAAGAGUGACGAUCUUAGGUUGGUCACUAGGGAGAGAGACGAGCUACAAGCUAUGCUAGAUCGCUUUGAAAACCACAUGAUCCAGAUUCAGUCUAAUGUCAAACUUCUAACUGCAGAAAGAGACAAACUCAGUAGUCUGUAUAAGCAGUCUCAGGACGAGUUGAACCGUCUACGGAGAGAAACAAGAACUUGUCUUUUGUCCCAAAGUCACGUGGAAGAGGAGAGAAACGUUGCUCUGUCUGAUUUCAGAAAAGUGGUGGCAGAGAGGGAAAUGCUGAGAGAGAAAUUAAGGAUUGUGCAGGAAGAUGUUGCUUUAGAAAAAUCAAAGCUGGAGGAGGAAAUAGCAGAGCUGGAAAACACUAUUCAUAGACUGGAAACUGAAGAGCUGGAUCAAACGACUACAGUCUCAUUGCUGAAAGACAAAAUAGCCUGCUUGGAAGAUGAAUUAAAUGUCAAGUCUCAUCAGCUCUCCGAGUUAACUGAAGAUGCUUCACAAUUUAAGGGAGAGUUAAGCUCACUUCAGCUCCUAAAUGAUCAGAUACAAAAAUCCCUGGAUGAAAUACAGCACCGAUUCUGUCUUAAAGAGGACGAGCUUCAUUCAGCUCAAGAAGAAAUUUUGAUGCUGGAAGACAAAAUUGUUACAUUAAAUAAUAAACAUGCUGCCCAGGAUGAGACCAUCAGUGUUCUCAGAAGUACCGUUAACAUCUUGGAUAAGGAGAAGGACAGCAUUCAGGAAAGAGUAGAUGAAAAAACAGAGAGAAUUGCUUGUUUAGACGACAAUCUAGCUAACAAGGAAAAAACUAUCCUCCAUUUACGUCAAACACUCAGUCAUCUGGAGUCUUCCUUAGACCAGUUAAAGGACUCCUUGAGCGGCAAAGACCGUGAACUAGCCAGUCUCCGUCGCCAACUUGAUGUGGCAAACUCUGAGCUUGGAGACACCGGAAUAAUGAAAGAAAUGGCUCUGAAGGAAAACCGAAGGUUACAGGAUGAUCUAGCUACUAUGGCCCGAGAAAACCAGGCAGUCUCAACUGAACUGGAAGCAGCUUUACGUGAAAAAGAAGAAAUGAAAAUCAGAGUUCAUCAUUAUAUAACUGAAGUAUCCAAAUUUGAAAGCUUAAUAGCUUCCAAGGAAAGAGAAAACAGGGAAUUGCUGGAAAAAUUCCAGAUGCUCUAUAGCCAAGCAGAGAACUGGGAAGCAAAGGCCCACGAAGCCGAAGGAAACAGCAACUCAGUACGACUGGAACUUCUCUCUGUUGAUACUGAGCGAAGACACCUUAGGGAGAGAAUAGAGCUAUUGGAAAAAGAAAUUCAGGAGCAUAUCAUUGCACACCAAGCGUACGAAUCACAGAUCUCUUCAAUGGCAAAAAAUAUGGCCAGACUUGAAGAGAACCUCAAGCAUGAAAAAGAAGACAGGGCUGUUGCAGCGACCGAUGUGGCUUCUGUCAGAGAUCUUUGUGUGAAGCUGGAGUCCAGCAAAGAACAUCUUUCUCGUCAGUUAACAUCCAAAAGUUUGGAUUUUGAGAGGAUUCAGUCUGAAUUGGAAGAUGCAAAAGCAGAAGCAGAGCUGUUAAAAAAGCAGCUAUCCAGCGAGCGGCUAACAAUACAAAACCUGGAAACACUCUUGGCAACCAGCAGAGACAAAGAAUUUCAGAAUCAUUUGGCCACUCAUGAGAAGGAUUCAGAAAUACAGCUGCUGAAAGACAAGCUCACGCUCUCGGACAGUAAACUAACGAGUCUUAAUAGAGAAACUUCUCUGCUCCGAAAUAAACUUGCACAGCUGCAGACUGAUUACGAUAUUCUCAAAAGGCAGCUGACAACAGAACGAUUUGAACGGGAACGUGCAAUUCAAGAGAUGCGGCGGCAUGCCUCUUCUGGAACUGUCAUAUCUCCAUUUAGUUCAACAUUGAGAUCUCCUUCACCUUCUCCAGAAAGAGCACUUCCAUCAGCAACAGAUCAAACUUCAAAUUUAGAGACAAACUUUGAAUUCUUCCCUGCUGAGGACCAUAGCUGUUAAAGCCAUAAAAUGAGGCAGGUUAGGAUAGAGAAGCUACUAGGUAAGUGAAGUAAGGAUUAAUCUUAUUUCAGGAAGAUUAUUAAAGUUUAAAUUCUUGUCACAGUGUUAUAAUAUAGUAGCAGUGUAUGUUAUUCACUAAAUACAUUCAGUUUAAUGCCAUGUUGAUUACAUCAUCCCACACCCAGCAGCUUUUAUUGAACUGCAAGUCUGCACCAAAAAAUGGAGCUCCCCCAAUAGUUUGCUUCAUUUCUCAAAUACAUUUCUUUGUAUAGACAAAUAUUGUCCCUCUAUCAUGUGGAACAAAAAGCUAUUUACACAGGAGAUCAUGUGGGUAUUAAACCCGAUGUGAUAUCCUGAUUUAAGGUGUGUCAUUUGGAGAAAUAACAGCUUGUUCUUUUUCUAAGUUAAUAUUGUUUUGUAUAUUUUGCUGUACAUGUGUCCUUUGUAAUCUAAUAUAUAAUGAUAAUGUACUAAUUACUGUUAUGCAUUAUGAACAGAUGAGGAACUUGCGACUUUCAGAGAUAAUUGCAGAAUGACUGCUGCAUCUUUGAAGAAAAUUCUGUAUUUUCCAGUUACCUUUAUAGACAGCUAUAAGAACUACAGAAAAUGGCAUAUAACAAAUAUGGAAGACCCAAAUGCUAAAUGUGGCUGAGCCUCAUCUACUUUUAAUAAAGUGUGUGUUUUAAUAAAAUAUUUCUGAAGUGGAAUUAUAGUCUUUCUAUAAUAGCCUAAUUUAAGGAUCUUUAUUGUUACCAUUUUGGCUGUAUGGAUUACUUAUUUGAUAGUACCAAUGUUGAACUUCCUGCAUUAUUCAGACUGCAAAUGACAACAGAACACAAAACGGGGUGCGAUGGAAAUGUGUUUUUAGCCUGCUAUAGUGUCUCUGCUUCAUGAGUUAUAGCAGAAACUCAAGCUGCGCUUCUGCUAAUGCCCUUUUAAUACUGAAAGCUAUUUUAAUAUCUUUCUUCAAAGUUGUUGCAAACACUGUUGACAUCAGUGGUAAAAGCUACUUGUUAGCAUGUAAGGUAAAUGAAUAAAAUAACAGUUCUUGGAAAGUAAUGCAGUUGGUUUUAAGGAAGCUCACAAAAUCAUGACACUUCCGUGAAUCGGGUGGUGUGAAUCCCACUCUGUAUGCCACUCUGUUGUUGUCAAAAGCUGCUACAAUGCAAAAGCCCCUGGGGGUUUCCAUCAGUCGGUGAUGUGAGUUUUUCAAAUAGGUCUGAAGAUAUGACUCUUAUGAAUCCGUUGCCAUCCUUCCAUAUUUUGUAUGUUGUAAACAAUGCAAAUAAAGUUAUUUAAAUUGUGUUUCCA